UGGACCUUGACUUGACAAUUCAGAAUCCUCGGUUGACGUCCAUUUUAACUCCUUUCAACAACACGCUUCCAGUCCAAACCAAUAUAUAUUCUCACGACCGGACGAGACGAGACGCGACGCAAGAUCGAUAGAAGUUGACGUAACCAUUCAAGACAAUUGGAAACAAAAAAACAUGGAACUCGAUGCCCUCCAAGCCCGGGUGGGCGAAAUCCUCGAACAGGCCGCCGUCUACUUCCAUAAAGUCCCUGGUUCUGCAGUAUUUAUGCGCUACAUCCAGUCGAGUUAUCAGAACGACCCCGUGCGAUCCGCCAUUGAACUUGUGCUGCUUCUCUUCUUUAUCCGCUAUCUCCUGUCGCCUUCUUACUCGACCCGUAAGCAGAAUUACAUCAAGUUGAGAGAGGAGGUGAGAACACAGCCAGAUCCUUAACCCCCGCAGGAUUGAAGUCGCUAAUGUUGGCUUCUUCGUAGGAAAUCGAAGAGUUGAUCGAUGAAUGGCAGCCCGAGCCUCUCGUCGUCGAGCAGACUCCAUUUGAGGUGGCUGAAGCCGAACGUCUUCCUGUCCUUGUUGGCCCUACCGGUCCCAAGACUAAACUCGCCAACGGCCGAACUGUUACCAAUCUCGCAUCCUACAACUUCUACAACUUCAACGGCAAUGAUCAGAUUAAGGAGAAGGCUAUCCAGGUUCUGCGCACCUAUGGUGUUGGCCCUUGCGGCCCUCCCCAGUUCUACGGUACCCAAGACGUUCACAUGAAGACUGAAGCCGACAUUGCCGCGUAUUUGGGCACCGAAGGCUGCAUCGUCUACGCUCAAUCCUUCAGCACCAUCUCUAGUGUCAUUCCCUCUUUUUCCAAGCGUGGCGACGUUAUCAUCGCUGAUCGUAAUGUCAACUUCGCUAUUCGCAAGGGUCUCGAGCAAUCGCGAAGCACCAUCCGCUGGUAUGAACACAAUGACAUGGACGCUUUGGAAGACGCGAUGAAGGCUGUCGCCCGGGAGCAGGCCAAUGCCAGGAAGCUUACCCGUCGUUUUGUCGUGACCGAGGGUUUGUUUGAGCUCUCUGGAGAUUCUAUCGAUUUGCCCCGCCUGGUUGAGCUUAAGGAGAAGUACAAGUUCCGCGUUAUUCUGGACGAGACCUGGUCUUUUGGUGUUCUCGGCCGUACCGGUCGUGGUAUUACUGAGGCGCAAAACGUGGACCCCCAACAGGUUGACAUGAUCAUUGGUUCCCUUGCUGGACCUCUCUGUGCCGGUGGUGGCUUCUGUGCUGGUCCCAAGGAUGUUGUCGAGCACCAGCGUAUCACAUCUUCUGCGUAUACAUUCUCUGCCGCUCUCCCUGCCAUGUUGGCUGUCACCGCCAGCGAGACCCUCAACUUGCUCCAGUGUAACCCUGAAAUCCUGGCACAGUCCCGCGAGAACAUCAAGGCUAUGAGGGCCCAAUUGGAUCCCCGCAGUGAUUGGGUUUACAGCCCAAGCGACCCCGAGAACCCUAUCAUGCUCCUUGUCCUCAAGCCUGAAGUUGUGGCUGCCCGUAAGCUCGGACUGGAAGACCAAGAACGCAUCUUUUUGGACUGUGUGGAAGAGACUCUUGCCAACGGCGUCUUGAUCACAAGAACCAAGACCAGACCUUAUGCGCAUGCUGUGAAGCCCAAGGACGGCGCGUGGUUUGCCCAGCCUGCUCUUCGAAUUUGCGUUACAUCAGCACUGUCUAAGAAGGAUAUUGAGAAGGCCGGUGUGACUAUUCGACAUGCUAUCACCAAGGUCAUGACACGAAAGACGAGCACCAAGACCGCCUGAUUCAGGGGCUUAACGGAUGAUAAUUUUGAUGACAGAUGGAGGCUGGCUGAAUGCAUGUUAUACAGCUGAGCAUAGUCGAUAAAGGCGUCGCGCUACACUGAGACCUUUUUGAUUAUGAUGGAUAAUCAGCCAACGCAAUAGACGAGGGGCAAUAUGGAACGAUUUACAAAGUGGCUGGCAGCCAUUUAACAAGCUAAUGAUUAAUAGAUGCGGCCCUCGUACGCUAGCAUUGAAUGAAUAUUUUCGAUAUAAUGGUUUUGUGUCUUUGUGGGCUCCGUGAUUAGGUGGUGAUUGAUCGGUUUCGUAUCAUGGUUUUGAUGCUGACGAGGGGAAAUUCUCAAGAAACCUUAACGUGUAUUUGUCUGCUUCAGUUACUCACAGUCGAUGAAGUCGUCUUUGCCAAGUUACUGUUUUCGAA